AUGAAUAAGGCCUCUGGUGUCACAGUCAGUGAUGAAGUCAUCAAAGUCUUCAAUGACAUGAAAGUACGGAAGUCCUCGUCCUCAGACGAGGUGAAAAAGCGCAAAAAGGCAGUGCUGUUCUGCCUCAGCGAUGACAAGAAGAAGAUCGUCGUAGAAGAGGGCAAGCAUAUCUUAGUCGGAGACAUUGGAGACACUGUCGAUGACCCCUACGCCUGCUUCGUGAAGCUCCUACCUCUCAACGACUGCAGAUACGGCUUAUACGAUGCCACUUAUGAAACUAAAGAGUCCAAGAAAGAAGACUUGGUAUUCAUAUUUUGGGCCCCUGAAGGUGCGCCGUUAAAAAGCAAGAUGAUUUAUGCUAGCUCGAAAGAUGCCAUUAAGAAGAAGUUUACAGGUAUCAAACACGAAUGGCAGGUUAAUGGUUUAGACGACAUUCAGGACCGCUCAACCCUGGCAGAGAAGUUGGGUGGAAAUGUGGUCGUAUCGCUGGAGGGGAGACCAUUGUAAACUCAACAGCCAUGUGCCAUCUGGAUUCCACACGCUUUCAUCUUAGCAGCUGUCUCUAUCAUUUGAUCCUGAAGGAAUAAUCCUAGUUUGUCUUUAUUUCCUUUUUUUGUUUGUUUUUUUUUUCCACACUAAGGAGAUCUCAUUAACAUAUGUAAGAAAAAAUCUACCAGCUGAAUGCUUGCUUACUUUUGCAGUUAGCUUUUAUACGUCCCCAAAGAACUUUCUGUCUCCCUCUUUGUGUUUUGCCAAACGACAGUAGAAAGCUCGGAUGAUCAGAUACUAAGAGUUGAUAUUGGCUGAGAUAUUCUAUUAUGCUGUAAGAGAACUAUAUGAGAAUGCUGUACGUUAAUGCCUCACAGCUAUGCGUUAACCGGUGACAAGCACUUUACACGUUUGAAACUAUUUAUUUGAACUCUUCUACCUAAUCUGGCUCAUUUGACAUGGCGAACACAUUAAGUCUAUGCAGAUAAACGGAGCACUUUUGGUUUUUACACUACCAGUUGAAGGAGGACUAUGGAAUUUGUGUGUGUGUCAGCCCGGAAUAGAAGUUACCACAGUUUUCAUUCCUGUUACGCAUAUGGACAUAAACAGAUGGGUUCUGAACUCUUCCACUGCAGCCUGUGAUUCAAACGCACCUCUGAACGUGAAGCCAAGCUGCUUGGAAUGAUUUUUCUUUUUUUAACACUACAUAAAAACACAAUAUUAUCUGUAAAGUUGGCAAUAUUUGCAUCUUGAAGUGAAACAUUGUUUUUGAGAUCGAGGAAGGUGCCACUCUGAAAUAAAAGCUUGUGGCAGAAUUCUUGGCUCAGUUAAAC